CCGGCCUGCGCAUUUGACGUCACUUCCGACACCGGUUCCGCGGCGUCUGCGCCGCUCGUCUGGUAGUCGCGGUCGUAUGCUGAGCCGGGUGAGUGGAGUCUCCGGGAGUCUCGCGGAGGGGAUCGCGGAGAUGUGGGGGCAGCAACAUGGAAAGGGAAGGUGGGAAGCCUGCGGCUGUUGUCGCGGUUGUGACUGAGCCUCGGUUUACCCAGCGAUACAGGGAAUAUCUCGAGAAGCAGAAACUCCUGGACAGACGGCACCGUGUAGAGAAGAUGCCGGAUGGCACGGUGGCGCUGCCAGUGCGGGGAGAGACUCUCCCUGAGCAGCACCUGCACGAGCUGAGGGAUCGUGUGGCUCCCGGCAGCACCUGUACAGUAACGCAGCUCCUGGAUCCUGUCCCCUCAAAGAAGGCCCAGGGUUGCUCACCUGCCCAAAGGCUGUGUCUUGAAGUGAGUCGCUGGGUAGAGGGCCGGGGAGUGACGUGGUCAGCUGAGUUGGAGGCUGAUUUGCCCCGAUCUUGGCAACGACAUGGCGACCUCUUGUUGCUGAGCGAGGACUGUUUCCAAGCCAAGCAGUGGAAACAUCUGGAACCAGAACUCUGGGAGACUGUUGCGUCGGCACUUGGCGUCCGUCGUGUGGCCAAACGAGGGCGGGUAUCCCCAGAUGGCGCUCGAACGCCAGCAGUGACUCUGCUGCUGGGCGACCAUGGCUGGGUAGAGCAUGUGGAUAAUGGGAUCCGGUAUAAGUUUGACGUGACCCGGUGCAUGUUCUCCUUCGGAAACAUCACUGAGAAGCUUCGAGUGGCAUCGCUGCCCUGUGCUGGAGAAGUGCUGGUGGAUCUCUAUGCAGGGAUUGGUUAUUUUACAUUGCCCUUCCUCGUCCAUGCUGGCGCUGCCUUCGUCCAUGCCUGCGAGUGGAACCCCCACGCUGUAGCUGCGCUGAGAAAGAACCUUGAUAUCAAUGGAGUGGCAGAUCGGUGCAAAAUACACUUUGGGGAUAACAGAAAACUGAAGCUCUCAAACAUUGCAGACCGGGUGAACCUGGGGCUGAUUCCCAGUUCUGAAGAAGGCUGGCCCAUUGCCUGCCAAGUGCUGCGGCACGAUGCUGGGGGCAUUUUGCAUAUCCACCAAAAUGUGGAAUCUUAUCCAGGCAAGAACCAUCAGCCUCCGGGAAGCAGUGAAAUGGAGAAGGAACAUUGGCCAUAUCCUCAGCAAAUGAUCACCAACCAUUGUACAAAUGGAGCAACCAGGGAUUCUAGGGGGAAAAGGCUAUCAGCAGCCACCAAACCAGAAUGGCAGAGGUGGGCGGAAUCUGCAGAAACUCGUCUUGCCACCCUUCUUCAGCAGGUGCAUGGGACACCAUGGAAGACACAAAUCCUGCACAUCCAGCCAGUGAAAUCCUAUGCUCCCCACGUGGAUCACAUAGUGUUGGAUUUGGAAUGCCGCCCCUGUCCUCUAGUUGGCUAGAGAAGGUGGAUCCUGAGACACAAGGAUCUACAUGCAUUGUGAUGAGGGCCAGAGACAGUGGUGAGUAAAGCCGAGUCCUGAGGGGUGCCUGGCUGGCUCAGUAGAUAGGCUACACAACUCUUGAUCUUAGGGUUAUAAGUUCAAGUCCCAUGUUGGGUGUGAAGAGGACUUAAAAAUAAAAAUCUUAAAAAACAAAACAAAACACCAAGCUGAGUCCUGCCCACACUAGGAUCACUUCUGGUGACAUGGACACAAUGGUACUAAGUGCUGAGACAAAUGGGUUUUUACAGGCAACACCCAGGGGAGGCAGCCGUCCAUGCCUGGGGAAAUGGGUUGGGGGCAGUGGAGAGUGUGCCUGGGAAGAUGGGGGCAGGGAUGCUUCAACUGAGAGUUAAAGAAUGGGCCAGACUUACGUGUGGAUGGAAGACAACAAGGGUCCCUGAAGCCUUGCCUCCACCUUGAGUGUGUCCAUUUGCAUUACAGUUUUCUCCGAGCACUUGCUGCAUUGGCCGGCUCAGGAAGAGGCAGCUCAUGGAACCAAGGAAAAAAGACUGAAAGGAUCUGGAAGCUCAUGGAGUGUUUGUCACCUCAGUCCAGGAAUGUGUCCAGGCGCUGAAGGCUUCCGUUGUGAGCAUCAGGAUUAGUUGCCGGGUAACGCACUCACUUGAUGGAGAGGCUGUGAUUAAAAACCAGUAAUGAUAAUUCUAUUAAACUCCUCGACCGUGAGUUGCUUGGUUCAUUAACUUCAUAAUUUUAGUAAAUUAUAUGCAUAUGUUGAUCUAGGAAUAUAACAUACGCAUUUUAAAUAAGAAAUUUAAAAUGAUGACAAACUAAUAAAUAGCAUUUUUAAUUCACUUUUCUCCCACAUGACAAGCACCUGUGAGGAGAAACCUUAUAUAUGUUACUCUGAACAGCCUCAGGGUGCAGCCAGUUCUCACUGGGCAAGCGUAAAACCGGUCAUUUUCUUGGCCUCUGGUAGUUUCCUCUUGUGUGUGUGGUGUGUACUGGUCAUUACUUGGCUGCUGCUUUAGGACAAUGGUCAGCAGAUGUCCGGAGUUGUCUGAAGCUCUCUCCACUUUGGCGUUCCACUCUCGGGACUCAUUCCUGGGCUCCUGGGACUGGUCACUCCACACCUCUGGGAGUCUGCUGGGCUCCUGCUGGCUUCCCCAUCAAGCCACAGCCCAGAAAUUUUCUCCAGGCUGUAAGAUGGAGCAAGUCAGUGGUUCACCUUGUGGGUUCGCAUCUCACAUGGGUGGCUGUCUGUUGCCUGUGUCCAGUGCCUCGAGGGGGCUUGUUCGUGGGUUUUGUGUAGCUUUUUUUUUUUUUUAACUAUUUAGACAUUUAUAAUAAUUAACGUAUAAAUUUACUAGCUUUCACAACCAUUGAAGAAAUCCACUCUAGCAAUAAUAAAUACAUACAAGUACUUAAGCUGACAUGAAAUUUCAACAUUAGCACUACUGUGCUGAGUAUCCCUACCUAUAUUAUAAACUGAAUAUAAAAAUAUUAACAGUAAAUACAAUGGCAUCUUUCUGAUUCGAUAUGAUAAUACCUGGCAGGUUACUUGAUGAACAACCACAUAAUUUCAGAAAGGCCACAAACUGUCAGAAUAGCUAUUUGUCUCUCUGGCUUUUUAAAGGUCAAGGUUGAAUCAAAGGCAAAUAGAAAAUAAUGAAUAUGAAGUUAAAACUGUAUUUUGGUACAUACCCUAGCUGCACCACACACACACACCACAUACACACCACACAUGCAUACCCACACACACACCACACGUAUCAUAUUGUCUCCUAGAUUGAACGCCCAUGCAGUAAAGCUGCACGUACACCAUUAGGUAGGUAGAUACAGGUGGACAGACUGUCCUAGUUUCUCUUUUAGUAAUUGAAUUUUACUUUUUUAAAUCAAAGCUAUACAUAUGCAUAGUUUCAUAAUUCCAAUAAAGGUAACACAACUUUAUGAAUAAGACUACAUUUCCACAAUACCACAAUGAAGCAGCUACAGCCUACAGCUCCUUUCCUCAUUUUGGGGUCUACUUUCAACAAUUUCAGCCGGACCAUGUGUCAAAGUGAAUUCAGGAACUAGCCAACAUGUACCACCAGGAGCCAUGAGGGUAUGUAUGGACCUGGGUCCCGAGAGCUGGCCAAGAUGCAGUUCGCAUUCGUGUAGGACUCCACUCUCCCAUCAUAUUAUGGUCUGAGGAGAUCUAGACCAUCAGAACAUCCCACAGAGUAUCACGCUAACCUACUGUAUCUGUUGCAUCAUACUAAUUAGGUCGGAUAAAAAACUAGUGUAUUGCACUCCAAAGAUGGAAAAUAAUCACUAAUAAACAGCAACCUGUUACAAUAGUGACAUUUUUAGGGCUGCUGGUCUGCUUGAAUGCUAAGAUAGCUCCUUUGCAGUAAAGAAGUUUUUCCAUCUCUCCCAGUCAUCAGUACUCCUCUACCAAGGAGGCACACCAACCUCUCUCUGCUUCUCUGUGGGAAUUCAGAACUUGGGAAUGCUGCUCUGACUCAGAGACUAGGUGACUUAGAAGGCUGCCAGUUUUCAGUGGGAUCCACUGCACAUAAAGGCUCUAAAUCAGGUACAAGCUGCAGCAUAGUUAGCUUUAUUUCAUGGGUCAUUCAAUCCAGGGGAUUCUGUGGUAUGAGUAUCUGUGAGCCAUGGGAGUUGAUGGCGAGCCCCAAUGGGAAAAUCACAAGGUAGUCCUACGUAGACAUCUGUAGCAAGGUCAGGCAAUAAGCAGUGGAGAACCGUGUAUCAUCCAGAAACGGCUCUUGCAUGCCAGUAGGCGUUGGUAGAGUCUGAGCAUCUCUUGGGACAUCAGGUAACCCUGUCGCCAGUGUUGCCCAUCACAAGCUGAGUUUCACCAGACCCUUCAAAUCAGUCCAUCAUUAGAUGGAAGCGUCGCAUGUGGGAUGGAUGACAAGGCCAGAGGAAAUGAACAGGUGCACAGGCAGGUGGCCCAGACUCCUGUCAUAUUUAUAACUCUUGCAUCAGUGCCCUUCCCUCCGCUCACAGUCUUGGCCACUUGAGAGGCUCUUCGGGCUUGCUGAUGAAGG